CUGUCCUCACCCGCUCGCCCCCGUGGGCCACGCCUCCACUACGUGCCAGUCAGGCGGUCGGCGAUUGACUGGCGGCGCUGUCCGUCUCGAGGGGCGGGCGCAACUCUGGCUGACGGGCUUUCCUAUUGGUCGUAGCGGCGACAGCCACGCUCGGGGCCCCGGCUAGGAGGGGAAGCCGGUGGUGGCGGCGGCGGCGGCGGAACGGGCGGAGGCUGCCGGUUUCGUAACCGUCGCUCCUCUUCGCUGGCUCGCGGGCUGCGAGGCCUGAGUCGGGUCGGGCCGCGCCUCGCGCAGCCGCCGGGAGUGGAGGCCGCCUGGGGACGGGCGGGCUGGAAGCGCAGGUACAUGUGAAGACUUCUUGGCAGUUCACGUGGAAACUGUUGAUCACCUUGCCCUCAUUUCUGCCUCUUCUGUGUUGGCAAGGGAGCGUGCCCAAAUGAGCAAGGCACCACAGCAGAACAGUACUCCGGGAGUGAACGGAAUAAGCGUUAUCCAUACUCAGGCUCAUGCCAGCGGCUUGCAGCAGGUUCCUCAGCUGGUGCCUGCUGGCCCUGGGGGAGGCGGCAAAGCUGUGCCUCCAAGCAAGCAAAGCAAAAAGAAUUCCCCUAUGGAUCGAAACAGUGACGAGUACCGGCAGCGCAGAGAAAGGAACAACAUGGCUGUGAAAAAGAGCCGGUUGAAAAGCAAACAGAAAGCGCAGGAUACACUGCAAAGAGUGAAUCAGCUCAAAGAAGAGAACGAACGAUUGGAAGCCAAAAUUAAAUUGCUGACUAAAGAAUUGAGUGUACUGAAAGACUUGUUUCUUGAGCAUGCACACAACCUUGCAGACAACGUGCAGCCCAGCAACACUGAAAAUACUACAGCCAGUUCUGAGAAUGCAGGGCAGUAGACCUCACCCCUUCCAAAACUUCAAAAACUCGUGGCUUGAACCUUAAAGGUGUGACUUCCGAUACCACUCAUAUCAGCAGCUGAGCAGUGUCUUGUUUUAUGAUUCAGAGAUCUGUUGGAAAUUGCUCUUUAGGACCCAGCACUGAAGAGUUGAUUAGCUCCAAAAGAUUGGCCUUGUAAUGUGAAUGUCUGGUUUAAAAUUAUAUCAAUUUUUCUGGAGGUUAAAACAAAAACCCACAAGUUUUAAACAUGAUAAAAAACAAAACCAAAACACCAUAGACCUGAUAUUCUUAAUAAAUUUUGACUUCCCAAGAAGCACUUCUGUUUUAGGUUGACAAAAAUAACGGAACUGUCAGAUCAUGUAGGAUCCUGGUUUCUCAAUCAUGGUUAGUUGAGUUUAGACAAACUAGAAACCGUCCAUGCUGAUACGUUAAUGAUGUUUUAAAAAUUCCUAGGACCAUAGGAACCAAUCGAUCACCCUGUAAUUUGGAAGGAUUUUUACAUAGAGCACACACCUGUUUUUACAUAAUUAGUACUAUUUUUUUCCCCAUGCACUAGUUUUUGAAUAGUGAUGGUGAGGUUAAAUAAAGAAACCCUAUUACAUUUUAAAGGCAGCAUGCAGAUAAUUAGCUUGAAAACAAGGCUAGAAUUGAGAAAGCCAAUUUUUUUUUUUUAAAUGAAAGUAAGGCAUAUUAAAGUUAACACUAAUACGAUACCUUUUGGGUAUUGGAUUGGUAUUUGUUUGUUUGUCUGUUUCCUAAUGGAAAAAAGAAUCUAAAAAAGACACCUUGGGGUACAGUAAACUCAUAGUUGCUAGUAAAGUAAGACUGUAUUGUUUUGACAGCUGAGUUAACUGACCAAUGUCUUCACAGUUUGAUCCCACAAGCGAUCAGGAUUUGCGAUACUCACCUGUUAGUUUCUGUUGCUCAGAUAUCUGCUUUGGGGCCAUGCCUUUUAAAGGUAAACUUUUCAUGCGAUGAAUGAUUUUGGCAUUUGAUCUAAAGUAGGAAAAUGUAUCAACUCUGUACCCAAAAUGACUAAGAAAACUUGAAAGUAUAAGGUUUUCACCUUUAAUUUAUUUCCCAUAACUACAUCCCUUUUGAAUUUUUUUUUUUUUUUUUUUGGUGGCAUUUCUUUUUCUUGUUAGUGGGCUGUCCUUUCAGACGUCUACUGUUCAUUCAUUUGUAUGCUUUUGUGUCUCAUAAAUUAUUGUGGAAAGAAAAUACUCAGGAUAUCAAUCGAGACUUUUUUGUUGAAAACAACAACAACGGCAAUCACUAAAGUUGGGAAUCUAGAGUAUGGCUCAUUACCAGUAUUGGUAGUUUUGAUUGCCUUUGUUGAUUUUUUUUUUCCCCCAGCACAAUUCUAGCUCAAAUUUGUAGGCUUUUGUGCAUUUUCCUUUUUUGUGUGCCCAGACUACGCUACAAGAGACCAUGCUACAACUGAUCAAAAAGUUGGGAGGUGGUCCUCGUUGACUAAAUUGCUGUUUCAUCCUAGGACCUGGGGCCGUACAACCAGUGGUUACAUUGAGGGCAGGUCAAGAUGACAGCACUCUGCAUCUCAGCAGAGCCAUCAUUAAGGCCAGGAGUACCAUCUGCAUGUUUUGUGAAUGCCACUGCCCCAGAAGGGUUAAGUUUCUGCAGAGCCCAGGAGGCAGGAUAGAAACCUUUUAGGGUCUAAUACCAGUUUACUUUGUAUUAUCGAUUUGCUCAUAAAGCUUGAUAGAUGUUUUGAAUAACUAAGACGCAUCCACAGAAGCCUACUGAAUCUUUAAUAGCUGAUUGAUGUUCCGUAAUUAAUUUUAUUGGAGAUGCAGUUAGAGCACUUGAAUCUCUAAGCACCUCUAAUAAGUGUUAGACACUUCAAUCUGGGAUUACAAAAGAAAAAAACUCACCAGAAAUUGAUGUCCCCAUUGGAUUUAUGGUUAAAAAUCACAUGAAUUUACUGAACUAUCUUGUAGAAGAAGCUAUAGGGAAAUCAUGAGGGCUGUGUGUUUUCAACAUUUCAAUCUAUUCAAGCGUCCCUCUCACCUAUGCAAAUGAAGGCAUUAACACAAGCAGUCAUUAAUGCAUAGGGCAAAAAUGUUAACCGUUGUCUUGACUGUCUUAGUGAAGUGUUUUGGGGAUAAAGUUUUUCAUCUGACAGUUUGACCAGUUUAAAAUGGCGGCUAAAACUAUGUGUGGGGAAUGGGUAAGAGGAGAACUUUGGGAAUUGUAAAUUGACUGUUGUCAACUUUUGGUCUCUGUGUUGCAUAUGACUGAUGAGGAUCUGGUCUGCCUUUGCCAGCAGGUCCAGUGGCUGAGGAAUUAAGACUUCCUUCUAACUUUUUAGCUGUCUCCGUCUUGCACGAUGAGUGCUUUCUCUCUGGUCAAGGCGGCCACUGAUGACAGGAGUGCAGCUGGUACACUGCCUGGCCCUCAUUCGCUGGGACGUGAGCUCAGAGACUUGGGACAUUUUUCCUGAGAAGUAGGAAGACUUUCAUGAAAUGUGACCAGGUUUUUGAAGUUCAAAACACGAGUGUGAAAAUGUCAAAUGAUGUACAUUUUAAUAUUUGGUAUUUAAAGAAAGGAAAUUGUAGCAGCUUUUCACGUUUCCCCAUGGGAGGGCUUGAGACCUUGUAACUGAAUAAUCCAGUUAGAAUUCAGUGCUUUUUGAUGCCUUAGAAAUAGAUUUUCUUUGUUGUCUGACAAAAGCUAGGAAGGAGAAAGUCCAUUCUAUAGCUGUUAGAUCUGCCUCUCAGGAAAAAGUACUUACCUUGUUCUUUCCGUUCCUAGCUUCCCUCAGUUUGUGAGAUUACUCUAUUUUUUUAAUAUAAUUUUAUUUCUUUCAAUGAAUUUGAAAUAAAAAACAAAACAAAACUUUGGAAUAA